AUGAUCACGGCUUGCGAGAGCGACAUCUGGGCGUGGGCGUUGAUGGUCCUGCAGAUGUUCUCCGACGACGCGUGGCCCCCCGGUAGCGGCCAGAAAGGACUGCCGGCCUUAGAGGCUUUGCUGCUUAGGAAGCAAGGCGUGGAUGCUUGGACUACGGAAGACGUUGUCUCAUGGCUCCGCGAUAUUGGGCUGUGGAGCGAGAAAACCGAGAGAGAGAUUCGCGCUUUCAAGAUAGAUGGGCCGCACAUGCUGGUGCCCACGUGCCGUCGAGAUAUUGUCGAGAAACUAGGGCUUUUCAUCACCGAUGGAGAGCUGUCCUGCAAGCUCUGGCACAGCAUUGCCGGGGGGCUGCAGCGGUGGAGCAUGCCGUUCUCUCUGGCGCAGGUUUUACGGAGGUGCCUGGCUGACAGCCCGAAGGACCGUUUUUCAAGCAUGGAAGAAGUUUGUAGGCUUCUCCGCGGGAUCGCGGCAGGCGAUGGUGGACGCGACGACGAGGACUCCGCGGUAUCAGCGGCGAGCGACUACAGCUGUGACCCGGAUGUUGCGUCCGACAGAUUGCGCACGGGCAUGAUUCUCAACGACAUCGGGGUGUGCCUGUGCAGCAAAGGCGAGACCGAGGAAUCGGAGCGGUACUACAAGUUGGCCCUGCUUUCUAGCGAAGGUGUCUUCGAGGCGUACUACAACCUCGGCCUGCUCUAUAGCACAGCGGCGUUUAACAAGUUCCGGGAGGCCCAGCAAAUGUUUGACGCGGCCACGGAAAGAAUGAGCCACGGUGACCCGCGCCGCAAGUUCAGCAUCGAGCAUUCUAAGGCAGCCGAACGCAAGUCCAACUACCACCAAUCCCAGGAGAUAAUGAAAGCUCUUUCCGGAAGCUACAAUUGCGUUUCGUCAAACAGUUCCAGGGAUAGAGGAGGGGGAGUGGCCGCACCAACAGGUGGGGCGGCGAGGAGCAGUCACCAUGGCGGUGGAAGCGGAGUAAUGAGCGAGAGCGCCGACGGCGACAACCGUCAAGCAUCUUUCCUCCCCGAGCAGAAGCACGCGGGCUCGACCUCCGUCAAAUCGUUGGGUAGGUCGAGCGCCUCUUCUGCGACGUCCGAUGCGGCCGGGACGACGGGAGUUGCGCAGACCCCGCCGUCUUUGCGAUCACCACCCCGCAUGCGAAGCCCAUCCCCAUCUGGAGGAUUAUGUUAA